UGCGACGCUACGACACAGAUGCGACCAGUACAGAAAUACAUAUUUUGAGUUAUCCGUGCUGCUUUAGCUUCAACUAUAAAUAUGUAACUACCGCAUAGGCUACCUAUAUAUUGUAGACAUGGACGGUUAUCCCGGCGUCUAUGACGAACAGACUGACUCGACAAAGCAACAAGAGAGACAUUACUUCUUACUAUCUGAACUACAAACUCUUGUUAAAGAUUUGCCGAGCUCAUUCCAACAACGCCUGUCUUACACCACACUGAGUGACCUAGCUCUAGCUCUGAUAGAUGGAACAGUCUACGAGAUAGUACAGGGACUCCUAGACAUCCAGCACUUGACAGAGAGGAAUCUGUACAACCAGAGACAGAAGAUUCAUGGGGAGCAUCGUGCUCUGAAGCAAGAUCUGGCACGUAAACAUAAAGAGGCCCUGCAAGUUUGCAAGUCUCACAACAUGGCUGUUCUGAAAGCAAACCAACUAGGGGAAACAGAGGCUCUAGAUAUUCGAGUUCGAGAGGAGCAAAGGAUGAUGGAUGAGAAGAUUGUAGCUGAGAUGGACCAGAAGGUGAUAGACCAGCAGAACACACUCGAGAAGGCUGGUGUCCCUGGUUUCUACAUUACAACAAACCCUCAGGAGCUAACAAUGCAGAUGAACCUGCUGGAGCUGAUCCUGAAACUUCAACAGAAAGAGUCCCAGUCAGGAAGUGUAUCCUGAUGGCUGGGGAUGACAAGUGAUAAAGCACUUUUUCACCUUAUGAACAGAAACUGAGAAGACCCCUCGCCCGUAAGGUCAUGAGCUCUGUCCUGUUCUGGGGUUCACCUCCUGGGAGGCUAGCCUGGUUCUCAUGAGGUGUAUGGUACCUGACAGCCACGAACAGAGGCAGCAUUGUGUCAUGAAUCAUGAUGUUUAAAGGUUAUCAUCAUCAUUCUUAAGGCUGGUUCCUGCUGAUUCAUGUAACAUAUUGUAGCUCUCAGAAGUAUGCUGUGCAGUAGUACAGUGUUGUAUGUUUGUUUUGCGUGACCAAUGCUUCAUAAGCAAUACAUCCAUCUUUGAGAUGAUGAACUGAAUUUGAUUGUCAACAGUGGAAGCAUCUGGUUUCAUUCAAUAAA